GAGAGCGACGAUCCCGACAACAGCGCGGAUGAGGACUGGAGUGAGAAAGAGAUGAGUGCAGAAGAGGACGAUGAAGACGAACGAUUGACCGGCGAGAGUGUGGAAAGCGCCAGUGAGGACGAAGAGGACAUAAGUAUCAAUUUGAUUGAGGUCGAUUUGCGACAGAAGGUUGCUGCGUUGAUCCAGGCAGACGCGUGCGAGCGCCGUUGUCUCGAAGGAACGGCGCGUGAGAUCAAGUGGUUGGUGUGCUCACUCUCCCAGAUGACUCGCUCGGAGCGAGUGACCAGUAUCUACACGAUGUUGGCACUGCUGAUGCAGACGGACACCGUUGAGCGGCGUCGUGGUGGCGGGGCGCGAGAAAAAUUUCACUACUACUUGCCCUUUAUCGGGCAAGUAUGCCGUCCCUCGUUUGCAAAGUGUCUUGAUGUGGCACCGCUCACUAUUCAGCGCUAUAAAGGAAGGGUUCGUGAUGGUAACAUCGCGCCAGAGGCGCACGGGAACAAGCUGAACAAGCACGCCGCCAAGGCCGACGUCGUGUGGUUGGUGGAGUGGUUUCAAGAGUUUGCCGCAGGAGUAGGUGACGUGGUUCUUGUAUGUAUCCGUCUACAGAAGACUGUCGACGGCAAGAUUACAAAGUACUGCAGCCGCGAGAACUACACACUGCUGCCUGCGAUCUUCACGUGGGGCGCAAUCGACGACGAGAUGCAC